AUGCCGCCAAAGAAGCGCGGGCAGAACACGCGGGGUCGGGACAAGAUCUUCCGUAAUGCCGUACAGCAUGUGCAUGUUGGCGUUGGUCACAGUGUGCUGGGGGACAUCAUUCUUCGCCCUGUGGCGGGUCUUGUGAGUCGUACCGGCGUUAAGGACGACGAUAACAGUGCGUACGAGGAGUGUGCGUUUUUGGUGGAGCUAAACGAGUUGAUGCUCUCUCACUCCACGACGGAUUUUAGACGAUUUCGUUGGGAGGUGCUGGAGCUCUGUGAGUCCAAAGCACUAUUCCGCCUCAACCACCGCAGAAUUGCAGAAAAGCUCUUGUUGUGUCUCAUGCGACGUGACAAGUUUGCAGAAGGGUUUGAGGCGUUUGUGCGGCUGACGGUUGCCUUUGCGCGUGACAUGCAGGAGAAGUUUUUGGCAUACUUUGAAUGUUUCCAUCAGGCCAUAAACGGUGGGAUCCUGAACUCCAAGGGACAGUUGAUGGCGGACACCAGAAGACUGCAACUUAUUUUUGCCGCGCAGGUCGCAUGGUGUCGUGAGAUGCGUCCCUUCUGGUUACUUCAGGGGCAGCGUAAAAUUGUGGAACGCAUCAUUCGCCUGUACGUGCGGCAGAUGCAUGACAAGAAGGAGUACAUACGACGGCUGUCAGCGGAGGUGUUGGCGUCUGUCUGCCGCAUGGUGAGGGAUUUAGUACCACUUGUCGUGGAAGAGGCAUGCCUUGAUGUGGUACAGGACUUCGAGGUGUACUGUGCCAAUUCCACGCUGGUAGAAAGAAGGGCGGCCUCCGAGGCGAAUAAUGACAAUGGCGCAAACGAUGAGGAGGGGGUGGAGGAAGAUGAUGAUGAAGAUUACUUCGAUGGGAAAUCAGAGAAGGAGUUAAAGCCACGUCCCACCGUUAUGUCUUCUUCACUCCUGCAGGCGUAUGAGCAGAGUGGCCUUGUGGUGCUCCCCGUUGUGGACGGAUUGUGUUUCCUCGCUGCAGAGAUGUUUCGAGGCAUCCGUGGGUCUCUUAGCACGAACUUUGAAAAUCACUACGUGUUACUUGCUCACGUGUUUGGAAUUUUGCGGCGUACGCAGUUUGCCGGCACAUACUGUUCAGGGAGAGGAAUGAACGAACAGGAAAUGUUUGGCUUCACAGAAGAGGAGACACAAAACUUCAUUCAUGCCUCCCGAUGGAACGAAAUGUUUAUGGGUGUCCGGGACGAAAAGGACAUGAAGGGAGAAAGCCAGCAGGGUGAGGAGGAGGUGGUGGUGGUGAAGGAACUCGUUCAGAUGAUCGGUGGUGUAGUCAUUGGCAGCGCCUUACGAAUGAUAGUGGAGGAGACAGUCACUUCCUCCUCUGCUGCUGGUAAUGCUGCCGGUGACGAGGAAAGGGAAAACGAAGAGGAGAGGCAGGGAGUGCGGGCCUCGUCGCUUCAGAUGCUCAGGGCGGUGACGGCACUGUUAGAGUUUUCACCGCCGCAUGCACAUUUGUUAGGGUCGCUUUUGCACGCGGCAGAUUAUAAACUUUUGCGCGACCCGUCGGCAACAUCCACGCUUCGGAAAACUUCUGAAACGCUGCUGGAAAAGGCGAGGCAGCAAAUCCAGACGGUUUCAAAGGACAUGACUGACACAAAGGCAAUGAAAUAUGAUGAUUGGUGUCGUGUCAUGCGGACCUGUGGUGGUAUAUUGGAGGUGUUUACGCCAUUAUGUGUUGGCCCGACUGCUUUAACCUCCCAUGCGAAGACGCUACAAGGCAUUUUGUUGCCCCUCGCUCAGGAGAUUUUAAUGACGUGCCUUUCUAUUUCUGGCCGCCACCACUACCACUACCAACACAACAACAACAACAACCAUGUCGCUUGUGAUGCUUCUGUGGGAGAUUGGGAUGAUUUACGAAGAUCAACGAAACGAAUGUUGUUUGCUUUUAUGCAAGAUGUGCUACAGAAAAACUAUACGUUUUUUCUACGAGACGAACGUCGGUUAAUUGAGGGAGAAAAAGACCCAAGUGACAAAGGGCACAUGAUGGUGACAUCGUACUUAUCGCCAUUUGCGUUAUCCCUUUUGGUCCCUGUACUCCAUAGUGCAUGUGUGGAUGCGAAUGUAGCACUAGAUCGUGUCUGCAACAAAGACAAGACCCUAAAAAACGAUACAUGCGUCUCGGUGAUGCGUGAAGUAACACAUGCGGUGAUGAUGGCUCGCAUGAUGUGUGAUCGGACGACACAUCUGGUGAGAAGCCCUCUGUACUCAGCAUUGACGACCAACAUUUCCCCAUUCACUUUUAUUCCACUUGCUGCAUCUUCUACUUUCUCGGAAGCUGCCAUCUCUUCCUUGAUAAAUCGAGAUGCCUUAACUGCAAGUCUACAGAACUUCCUGCGUGGUGUCUUGGUGGUCUUCGCAAACGCACAGGAAGGUGUGGACGAGAAAUCAAAGACGGAUGCAUCGAAAUGGGCCGAUGUAGUGUCGGCAAUUCUUCCGCUGGUCUUGACAGUGGUUGAUGCCGAGAAAGCCAUGAAACGUAUGCCGGGUAAGAAUAGUACCGCCGACAGCGGAAAAACACUCUUUUUAUGGAUAUUUCGAGAUGCCCUACUGCGAGCUAUAAGAGGUGUCAAGAGCAUCAUCGUUGGUAAUAGGAGUAAUAAUAAGAAUAACGAGAAGAAAAAAAAAGAAGAAGAACAAAAUUUAACACCACUGACACGACUUACAGCUGCUUCCUAUUCCUUGUUUGCACAGGCGUCAACCCUGUUGGUGCAACUGGAUACAUUAACAGGUGAACUGGACUCAAAGAACAUGCAGGUGGAGUGUGUGGGAUUUCUAAAGGAUGCCGUCAUAGUUCUUGCCGCGAGCUUCCAAAACAGGCAUGUGAAGGAACUGAAUGACGAGGAGACAGGGCGACUUCUUCAUGGAAUGGAAUGCCUGUUGUGUUCACUACUGCGUCUCUUUGGGCUUGAGCUUGAGCGUGACGCAGAGGUCACAGUUGCCUCCUCAAAUAAGGCCCGCGUCAAGGGCUCAACAGACACAGGAGAUCGAACAUUACUGAGGGCCACAUCGCGUCUUCAUGGGGCAAUUGACAUGGCGACUCAACGGGCGCUUGUAGAGACUCUACUUCUCGAGGCCCUUGCGUCUCCGGUUCAUUCACUGCGUGUUGUCGCUAUUCGAUUGCUGCGGUUGCUCUGCCACCCAAGCGUGACGGAGGCGGAACGUACUGCGGGUUGUUGUGCCAUUGACACCUCCUUUUUUGAUGCGCUACUGAGUGCGGAGCUCUUUGAUCCCUUGUCUGCUGCAGGCAACCUGGACGGUGUGCGUCAGGCGCUGGCGAAGUUGACAUUUGAGGUGGCCGCGGGCACACUGCGGAAUCCAAUCCAACGUGUGAUUUUGGCACAUGCAAUGGUUGGUCUGCUACACACUCGAUUUGCGGAAGCACAUCCAAUCGCAUUGAAAAUGCUUGCAGAUCUUGUGCGCAUGGAGAACACAUCUGCUCCGGUGCUACAACAACAAAAAAGAUGCGAUCUGGGAAUUUCAGGGGAAAGUAACCAUUCUUCCCUCGGCAACACUUUAUCUCCUAGUUCGGAAGCCGCAUCAUCUUCAUCUUCGUUGGCGAAAAAAAUGGAACCGCUUGUUUGGCGAGGAGUUAUAUGCCGGUACGCCCGCGCGGUGGUUUUUGGGGACAUUCUGCGCAGGGCGGCAGCGGAGGAUUUCAAUGACGAGGAGGAUGAAGAAGACGAAGACGCUGGUGGUGGUGGUGGUGGUAGCACACAUGCACGUGGAAGGGCUACCGUGUGGUACCGUAUUUGCCUCACAGAUAUGCAGCGCCACGAGAAGGGCGAACUUGUGAGCAAAGAAUUUGCUACAGCCCGUUCUGCUUUCUCCACGGUUGCGCUGCUGCAGCUGGCCAAUACCGACGGCGAGGUGCUGUCGUGGCGGCGUCAUUACUUACCCUCUGCGUCACCGACACACACGCACGGCGCAAUUACCGCACGCGCCACUGACCGCGCAGUGUUGGCCAAGACAUUUUUGUCUGGGCUUUCGGAGAUGACACGCGGGGCGGUUGGCGACGAGCGGGUGUCGCUCGCAGUGGAGUUGGUGCUUGAGUUGUCUGCCGUACGCCGUGGCGAGCACCCUGAUGGGUUGCGGCAACUUAAAAUGUUGGAUGACCGCCUUGUGUUAGCGAUGAACGCCUGUCAUGUGACGCCCGUGUCGUCUUUGAAUGAACACUUCCCGGCGCAUGUCCGGUCACGUCUCAUCACACAAAAUGAUCAACUACAAACGAUGUGCAUUGGACUUCUUUCAGACUCAAACGCCAAGCUGCAGCGCGCCGCCAUAGAUCUGCUCCAGCGACUUAAGGUUCUUCCUUUCUCGAGCCAUCAUGCCCAAUUGAUUCCCUACUGUGACACGCAGAAAAAUCUCUUUCAUUUUCUGUCCACAUUCCACAUUGAGACGGAUAUUCCAGAGGAGGAUAAGGCAGAUUACAUUGCCACCGCCAUCGCCAUUGUGCUGCCAAAGCUUACGGCAAAGUUGUCGAAGGAAAAGUUAAAGGACCAGGCUAUUCUUCAGCGUCGGAUACUGUCCAUGGUGACACAUCUCUCAGCGACCGGGGAAUUUGCACAAGUUCUGGAAGGAAUAGUGCAGAGGCUUAUCUUUGAACGUGUUAUAUCCAGUGAGACUAUGAAUUCAGCCGCAGUGCGAUUCCCAGAGAUGUGGGCAGAGUGGGUGGAAAGCAACAGUCACUGCGCACGACGUUUGGAACGUCUUGUGAAGCAGUUGUUGAACACGAUGCAGUUACUACAUGCGCUACUGCAGUCUGUUGGUAAAGGUUUUGAGUCUUAUGCGGGGCCAUGCAUGUACCUUUCCCUCAAUGCCUACCUUGUUAGCUGUAAGCAAAUCCUCCAGGCACCGUUAGGCGAAGACACGAUGUGUGAAACCGAGAAAUAUUGGCGUAUACGGAACGCAUUGUCUUCAUCGACUCUAAACACACUUCUUCCAAAGUUGCGUCGCAUAGCUGCAGGAAUGGUAUCAUCUCUUUUUGAACAAUUUCCCUCAGAAGUAAUGAUGGCACUGCGGAAGGAUCUCGUUGAGGUUUCAGGUGGAGAUGUGGCUCAAAGUCUCAUAAGUCGAUAUGUCUCCAUGUUACAUGAGAAUAGCAACGGUGUAAUAUUCGAGUUUAAGAGCACCCAACGUGCUGGGGACGGUCAUAAGACGGGAGUUACACCGUUGCUGCGGCUUGUACGUGCAUGGGUUGAAUCACCCUUUACCAUGCCGCUGAUUGGAGCCUUUGGUGAUACCGUAACGGCCAUGUUUAUGCAAGUCUUUGGAUGCAAUGCGAUGAGUCACACCAUGAAGAGUUCUUCCAUAAAUGCCGUGACUGUGUCUUCCUCUGUGUCCACCAGCUUGUCUCUGCAACAGGCAUCGACACGCUCAAUUUAUGAGGGACUGCGUUGUGUGGGCAUCAUCCUUGCGUCUAGUGAUGAAUCUUUUGAUAUCUUUGGUGCUCCUGGCUCUACUACGUUGCAGAAUGCAUACAUUAAACCGUAUGUGACGACAAUUUUUGGCUCUCUCUAUCGGUUAAUUGUGUGGGGUGCCUCUUCUUCGGCUCUCUCGCAAUCGUCCUUUGGCAAUGACCGCUUGGGUGCAACUCACAAGAAGCGGAGGUCGUUCUCCGUCAUGACAUUUAGCGUGCCCAUGUGGAAAGAGAUGAUCGCGACGGUCACAAUGCUUUCCGAAUACGUGGUUGUACCAGAUACGACGAAAGAUGAAAAUCCCGAGGAUUGUGUGGAUGCCAUGCUCUCUCGACUUUUAGAGAUGUGCAUUGCCUUUGUGGCUCACCCCGCCUCUGCCAAGGAUCCACAGACGUGCAUUACGGCUGCCAAUAUGUUGGAGAGUUUGCUGCCCCGCAUGCGACAUGUGGGCUUCGUCGAGCACUUUGAGCCGCUUGUACGUUUAUUUAACGUUGUGACAUGCCCAGAGGCGCGUUUGGCAUUAUGCCGCGCUCUAUCGAUGGUGCUUUCACGGUUGGUGUGUCCUGCCUACUUCCAUCUCCAUGCAGACAAGGUGAAGCGGGGUUCUGCGGCUCACAUGGCACAAAUGGCUGCUGUGGGGCGUGCCGUGACGUGUCUGAACGCCUUUGCGGAAGACAAUACGGAGUUGGGGCGGUACGACUUUGAACUGCGGUUUCACACUUUCCGCUCCUUGCGGCAGUUUUUUGCGCAUAACGGAAACUACGGAGCUCUUCUCGCAAAACACCAGCGCACAGGAGAGGGGUUAUCGUCUAAUUUUUCCCCAAGAACUGAAAAACAAGUGCGGCAUGAAAGGGAUUACAGUGGCGCCGCAGAUGUCACGAUUCCGUUAGACAAGGCGGAGGCUCCUGUGUUGUGUGUAGAGGCCGUUUUUGCGCUGGCAGCGAAUGUGAUGUUUUUUCUGCGUGAUCCAGAGGGGACGAUACGUGUGUUAGCAGCCCAAUUGCUGGACGCGAUGAUUUUGUAUGCAUCACGACAAAAGGAUCUCACAACGUCAUAUGACACAAUGAUUCUUGAGCAUGUGAUUCGACGGGAGAUAUUGCCUUCCCUGCGCCGCGGCAUCACAUCUCGCGAUGUACACAUCCGCCAUGCACAUAUGCAAAGUUUUAGCGCCUUGGCGCGGUAUUACCCUCAGUCCUUUUCUUCAUUUGCCGCACUGUACUCAAGAAAUGUGGAGCGGUGUUUUUUUGCAAAUGUGGGUCACGUUCAGCAUCGGUGUCGUGUGAAGGCGUUGGAGUUGUUGCGGCAAAAUGUGGGACGUCUUCUACCUCGGGAUCUUCUUCGUGUCUUUGUGCCGUUUCUUCUUGUGGCGGUGAAGGACUUUGCGCAGGGAAAGAGGGAUCUACAGAACCUCACGGAGGGACGUGCAAAGGGUUACUGCGAUGCCGUGUUGACAACCGUGGCGACUUUGGCCGCGGCUUUGCCAUGGGAGGGGUAUUAUCGCGUGCUGAGUUUGUUUAUGCAGAAUGCCCGUGAGAAUGCCUCCUUGCAACUGCCGAUGCUUCGUGGUGUGGUGAUGAUGCUUGACCACUUCCACUUUUUGAACGACGGUGAAACUGAUGGUAAUAAUAAUAAUAAUAAUAAUAAUAAUAUUAGCGGGAUUAAGGGUGGGAAAAAGGGGCAGGUGCGGGAUGCAGACAUUACCCGCCCGGAGACGGAUGCCUCUGCUGAUGCAGAUGACGACGAGGAGGACGAGGACGAGGACGAGGACGAGGACGCAGCAGCUCUCCGUGCAAAGCGUAUUAAGUACCGUCACGCGCAUGUCAUUCAUGUUCUGGAAGACGAUAUCCUUCCACAAUUGUAUGAGUUCUUGGGUAACGACUCGCGCAAGGCUCACCCUAUUGACACUGAACUUCGUGGGAAUGUGCACACCAUUGCGAGUGUACGUCAUGAGAUGCGGAAGGCGGACAAUGCCCAACAGAAAACGGCAAUUCUGCAGCUACCUGUGGCCAUCGCCAUUACAAAAAUUGUGAAGCGCUUCCCACCGGAGCGUUUCUCUCUGCAUGUGGAGCAUCUCCUUGAUGAGGUGAUAUUAAAACUGCGAACGAAGAGCGAUAAGCACCGAGAAAGCGCGCGAAAAAUUCUCAGCGCAAUGUUGUGUGAAACAGGACCUGGGAAACUUGCGUUUGUCAUCACGAAACUGCGGGAUCACCUUGUGCACGGCUACCAGCUGCAUGUGCUUGGCUACACGGUCGUGACACUUCUGUACAACCUCUAUGAACCUCAGCAUGCCAUGUCAUACAGGCGGAAGAAACAUGUGAUGGGCGCGGCAGCAGCAGCAGCAAUUGCAGCGAAGGGGAAGCCGAUGGAGCAUGCGGGUGCCGCUUUCCCUCAGGGUGAUAAUGAUAAUGAUGAUGACAAAGAAAAGGUUGAGCAGCAGUCACAGGCAGAAGCGCGGCAAAAAGAAACCACACGGGAAGAAGAAGAGGAUGCGGAAGCAGAGGAGGAAGAAGAAGAACUGGUCCGUCAAUUGAUCCCUGCUUCCAACAAGUUUGAUUGGGCAUACGGAGUGGAGUGCCUGACGUCGUGCUUGGAUAAUCUGAUGAGUAUUUUCCUGGACGACUACCUCGGUGAAGUGGGGGAACAGAAGGAACAGGUGGAGCUCAUGAGCACAAUGGUAGAAGUGAAACGGAAUCGCGCCCUGCAGGGAUUUACUCUCAUUGCCUCCCAUUGCGAGGCAAGCCGUGUGAUUGAGGUCUUCUUAGAGAAGAUUACAUGGCUUUUGACGCCCCCAAGCACGGCGGAUACGGUGGAUGUAAGUACCCUGCGUGGGAGUGCUCGUGCCGCCGCCUUGUUAUUGCAGGAACUAAAGACAAAGUAUAGCACCGUCAGCAAGAACGCCGCCGCCGAUUUUGUUUUUGUUCAAAAGGUUCGACUUUUGGCCAUCCGUUUCGCGCGUGCCCUCAUAAAAAAUGCGACAAUGGAAGUGGAGUCUUCCUUCCUCACCGUGCGAGAUUUACUGCGUCGUCACAAUGAAGUGCGUGAGGAGAAAAUUAAGACCUUUGAGGCGAAGGAUGGCACCCGCCGCAUUCGUGGCAAUGUGCACCUGACGAUUCAACGCGCCCCCACGGCGACGCGAAAGGAUCAGCUCGAUUCAAACUUUCUUGUGGAUCAGCGUCCGGAACGGGUGGAUGUGGACUUCAGCGCCCACACAGUGCUUGCGACACAGCAGCGGCAAAAACUCCGCGCCUACCGUGGACGCUACGGGAAGGAGGUGCAGCAGGCAGCGAAGAAUUUUUACCGCGAGGAUCCCGCAACUGCGGUGGUGCUUGACACGCUGGAUGAGUUCCUAUUGAAAUACCUUCUAAGUGUGCUGAAGCACGUGCUUGGCAUUGGGAAGGAACGGAAAUACACGACGGCAGCCGUUCGCCUUGACUUGCUACGCGCCCAACGGAAGAAGAAGAAUAAGAAUAGGAAAGGGGAAAACAGCUGCCAAGACGAAGAUGAUGAUGAUGAUGAUGAUGAUUUACCAGAGGAACUGCGGGAACGUGGCGGAAAGGAGGAGAAUGAGGAGGAGGAGGAGGAGGAAGAAAAGGGCGGCGACAACAGCGAUGAGGAGGGGGAGGAAGAAGGAGGUGACACGUUGUUGUUGUUGAACCCACAGCCGUUGGAUGACGAAAGGGGAGAUGCAUUGGAUCGCUUUGCCACGGCAGCACAGCAGGAGAAUGGGGAGUGGGAUAACAACGCGGGCGAGGUGUCCGAACAAUCACAGCCAACGACGACGAAAAAGGAGAAGGCGAAGCGUCACGUACACGAAGUGGAGAAGAGAAAUAAAACGCGGCGGCCGAUGGCUGAUUUAACGACUUCCUUUACACGUCAGCAUCAACAGCUUCUGGAAAGUUUGCUCCCUGUUGUGCUCACGACCCUGCAAGGUGAGGGAAGUGAUGCAGUGGUGGGUCAUGCGCUGGACUGCAUGCUCGCUCUUGUAUCACUGCGGCCGCCGCUGCAUGCGGUGGGGGCACUCCACACAACAAUGUAUGACACCGUUACUGCCUUCUUUGAACGUGGUGGGGCAAUUAAGCAGCGCGCGAUGCGUGUGGCGGCAGCGGUGGUGGCGCAUCAGCGGUUUAUAUUGACCGAAGAAAAGGCAGCGCAACUGUUACAACUGUGUCGCACUGAGCUUGUCGACCGUAACGAGUUUCUUCCCAUGGCGUUAUCUUUAUUUCAUGCAGUACUUGGCAAACACAUCCAUGUGGUGGAGGUGUACGAUCUCAUUGGGGUGGUGACGGAACUGAUGAUGCACACAAGUGCAAAACGUUUGUUGCGGCAACGCUGUAUAGCCGUUCUUGCGCGUUUCCUGACAGAAUAUCGCAUAACCGCAGAAAAGUUUCGUUCGCAUAUGGAUCUUUUUUGCCGCAAUCUUGACUACCCCGAGGUUACAGGACGCAUUGCGAUACUCGAGCUACUUGGCGUACUUGUCUACCGCUUGCCAACUGCCGUCCUGCGACAAGAGGCGCCGCUACUGCUCAUUCCACUUGCCGUCACACUUGCCGUCUCAGAGUUUUACGAGGCACGACAGAAAGCCGGAGAUGUGCUGCAGAGCUUAGUGAAAAAUGCCGGUGUGGAUGUGAUUGUGCCUACACUGUCGCAGUGGCUUGCGUCAGGCCAGACACGCCCCCGCAGGGCCAUGGCGCUGCAGACAUGGGCCGUGAUGAUUCCUGCCGUUGCUGCAUCAUAUGACAUGAGCGUCGAUGAGGACGCAUGUGAGUUUGAGGCGUGUUGGUCCUGGUCGCUCCAGGCGCUGCUCGAUGCUGCAACGUUUGACCAGGUGGCGACAUUUGGAACGAAGCGCAAAUAUGAAGAACUCACUGCAGCAUUUAAACGAAAAUUGGAGCUGAAGAGUUGGACCUAUGUCUUCUUUGCUCUCCGAUGCCUGGAGGGAAUUGCGAUGGUGGCCCCUAUGCAGGUGUGGCAUAAUAUGUCCGUUGCCCCACAUCUUGUGCCUUUUCUUUCGGGCCGUCUCGUGCUGCACUCACACCCUUGGAUUCAGUCGGUGGCGUUGCGACUUUUGCGGAUGUACUGCCAUGACGGGGUGGAGAGGCGGUGCGGGUACUUGCGUGGGAUAGACUGGAUGGCUGCGGGGUAUCUUGUAGUCACCUCCAAGAAGAAUCAUACGAAGGGGAAGAGAAGGAUAAGCGGCAUGGGUGGAAAUGUUCACGCCACGCGGCGGGCAUCGUCCCCCGUGGUCUCCCACAGUCAUGAAGAUGAUAAAGAUGAUGGAUGCAUCCCGUAUGUGGUUUGCUUCCAUGAAUCACUGGGUCCGCCGGAUACAGUCCAUCGGGCGUUGAACGUCCUGGAUCAAAUGGCCGCUGCGAUGCGUACGUUGUUGCAAUUCAUCGCGCUCUCCGAUGUACCGAACGAGAAGUACAACGCCCACCGGGCCAUGCAGCAGCCGUCGAGGACAGACGCGGUGAACGUGGCCUUAUACAUCACCCGUGCAAUGUUUGUUGUUAGCAUGGUGCUUCUCAAGGUGGCGGUCUUUUGCGCCGGUUCAGAGAUGUCGUACGUUCAGGACAUCAUUGCGCAGCACUUCACCUCUCUCCACCACCAGCUCCACUCGUUAGUGAAGCCUGUUAUCAAACACGGCGGAGUGGCCAACGUGAUGGUCCGCACCACAUCCCUUGUGCAGUACUUUGGCGGUUUCCUUGCAGCUUUGCCAACCGACGCGGAGGCAGAUAACACCAUCAACGGUAGGAAGGAAGAAGAGGGCGACGACAGGAAUGAGCCGGGUGAGAAAGUGACAUCUCGAGAAGCCUCUGGUGCGACUGGCCCCGUGAAACGGGCGGUAUGUUGGCUUGCAAGAAAUGCCGUGGGGUUACGUUUUGUGCGGGACACGAUUGUCCCCACACUUACCGUGGCGAUGCGCUGCGGGGAACGCUCAGAGAAACUGAGUUCGUUGGCAGCGCAGGCCUCCACGAUGGUGCGGGAGCAGCUGGAGAGACACCACGUCCACUUUGGCGGGGAUUUAAAAAAAACGACGACAACAACAACGACGAAACGGAAACGCCUGGAGAAGAACAAAACGAGGAGAGACGAGGCCAACGUUUGGGGAAAAGAGACGGCAGCGACAACCACCACCGACGAUGUGGAUGGGGAUGCGGUUACGGUGGACGAGGUUCUCUUCACCCUGACAGCAGCGAUGACUGCCGUGAGGACCGCGCGGAAGGAGAAAACGACGAGGCGUGAAACCAUUCAAACAAUCCGCAAGCGCAGUCACAGUGGCGGUGAUGACGCGGCCCCUUUAAAGGCACGACGGAGGAGAGAAAAGUAA